CCUCUCCUGUUCUGGGACACGCAUCACUGCUAAGACUGAAUGCCCAAGGGGACAUGAGCACAUGUGGGCGAGCCAGCCACUACUAGGAAUGAAGCCCAAAGGCAAUGUCGACUUGUCGGCUGCAAUACUCUUCUCCGGUUCAAGUGUUGCUGGAACACUCAGAAUGAUGAGGUUGAUGGGUGUUCAAGUCAUCAGUGAUCAAACAUUCUUCAGUUACCAGAAGGCAUAUCUUUUUCCAGCUGUCACUGCAGUCUGGGAUGAGCACCAGAAAGGACUUCUGGCAGCAGCUGGUGACAGCAGCUUGGAGCUCUGCGGGGACAGGCGCUGUGACUCACCAGGCCACAGUGCCAAGUACUUGACAUACUCGUUCUUGUGUCCUGGCACGGGAAAGAUAAUACACACUGAGCAAAUUCAAGUCAAAGAAAGUGCCCAAAUUCAGGCGAGCUCACAAAUGGAGAAAGAGGGCCUCAUCAGAGGUCUUCAAUUUCUCUGUGACCAGGGCAUCUCCAUAAGGUCCCUGACAACAGACCGCCAUACAGCAAUAAAGAAAUACAUGAGGCUGCAUUGCCCGGCCACCAAACACCAAUUUGACGUCUGGCACGUUGCAAAAGGCAUCAGAAGAAAAUUGACAGCUGCUUCACGGAAGGCUAGAUGCAGGGAGCUGUUGAGCUGGAUACAACCCAUUGUGAACCAUCUGUACUGGUGCGCAUGUGCUUGCGGAGGAAAUGGAGAUUUACUAGUGGCGACAUGGACAAGCCUCCUAAACCACAUAGCUGACAUUCAUGAUGGUCACGGCAACCUCUAUCCCCGCUGCCUCCAUGGACCAUCCAGCAGAGUGUCAUGGCUCAAAAUUGACUCUCCAGCGCACAAACAAGUCAGAGCCAUUGUCAUGGCCCCAGUGCUUCUCAAAGACAUCCGACAGCUCUCGCCAGACACGCAGACAUACAGCCUGGAAUCUUUCCAUAGUGUCCUGAACGGCUAUGCUCCUAAGUCUACCGCAUACACAUAUGAGGGAAUGAAGGCUCGAACACUGAUUGCUGCCCUCCAUUUCAAUGAAAAUGCCAACAAAGAGCAAGCAACAACAAAGGAUGGAACACAGCAAUGGCACAGCAAGACAUCCAAGGCCAGACAUAGCAUGAUGACUGUGUGUCCACUCAAGAUGGCUGCUACAUUUGAUUAUGUGCAAGAUCUACAAAACAAGGUGACCGAGCUUUGCAUCGAGCACCCGUCAUUUCCAGAAGCACUAGCCCAGGCACCAGAAAAAAUUGCACCAGUAUUUGUGCCACAGAACGAACCUAGGCCCUCCAAAACUGAGCUCAUAGCGGCACACAAGGCACGGUUUUUGAAGUUUUGAUACAUGUAGAGCAGACAAGCAACUGGUGGAGUUAUCAAAAACCAAUUGUUCGAAGGCUACACCAGUAAAUUGGAAAAGCAAAGACAUAAACUUCAUGCUCGAAAGGGUUUGUGCUGUACUGAAGCGUGGGAAAGAACAAACCAAGUCGCAUAGAUUGUCUCUGCAACUGAUGCUGCAUGCGUGCAAGGACACCAUAAGGUUUCUGCCGACUGGCACGGCUGAUGACAAGCUCAAGAACAUCAUAAGUCAAGCAGAAGACACUUGUUGACAUGCACAUCAUGCUGGGAAAGCUUUGUGCUACACUAAAGUGUAGGAGUGAGGGAGCCGAGUGGCAUAGGUUGUCACUACAACUGAUGCGGCAUGGCCACAAAAGUACCAUAAGGCUGUUUCUGGGUUCAACAGAUAAUGACUAGUUUGACAUCAUCUUAAAUCAUGGACAAGACACUUGGUGACAUGUGCAUCAUGUGGGAGGUGUAACAGGCUGACGAAUAAAUGCAAUACUGACCCUUGUAGGUACGCAUUCAACUGGAAACAGUGUUUCACGUUCAGCGUGCCAACAUUCAAAAGAAAAAACUAAAGUGCAUUGCAAGUGGCUCUCCUGCUGCUGCUUGCAAUGGUAUGGCUGACUGUGAUCAUCAAAUUUUAUUCACACAAGCUUUGGGAAGAACCUCAGAGAAAAAGCUACAGUCAGUAGCUUGACUAGGUCUGGGGUCCCUGGUGAUGACAUGGGAGGCAGGAAAUAAAACAUGAGCAAAAUGGAAUGGACACACAAGUGGAACAUCGCAUUACGUAGUGUUUCCAUGCACAUAUGCACUAAAGAAACUAUGAACAGAACUGUACAUCAGGAACCAUAUCAUAAAGACCAAUUACAGAUGGUUGUUAAAUAUUUGACGUGGCAGGUAAACAUAUUCAAAAAGCAAAGAACAUGUCCUGGCCCAGCUAAAAAAUUAAUUGCUCAAUAUGACAGCAGUUUCACUGUCCCAUUAUAUGAUAGGAAUAUAUUU